AUGUGUGAACGUCACACUUUUGUUGGGGCAAAUCCCACACUUUUUAAUCAUGCUGCUGAUGUUGCUCUUGUUAGCAAUACCCACGUGAAGCGAAGACUUGAUUAUCCUAUUCUUGAUGACAAUCUUUGGAAGCGUGGUAGUUAUUGUAAUAAAAGAAAAAGCAUUGCAGAAUUAAAUCCAAGAGCAAACAUCGUCCAACGGAAGACGAAUAUAGAGGCGAAUAGACAGACGAUAAAUCAUGAAAAUGUGAUUAUGCCGUAUGCGAUUGAGCUUUAA